AUGGCCGCGGCGAGUACUUCUCCGCCUCUGUCGCCGUCUCCCAAUGUCGACAAUCGUGAUCCCAUGUCCCUGCGUGGCUUCCCGUCGGCGUCGACAACAGGCGGACACAUAUCCAGAGAGCCUCUGGACUCCCCUUCGCUUGAAGCAGUCAGCGCACACCUAUCUGACGCACCAGUUUCCCCCAGGCGGGUUAACCUUCAGGGCAAAAGUUGGCCGCAGCCGUCAAACGCCAACGUUGAGCACACGACGCCUCACGCAGAGCAGUUUGGCGAUCCAGCAAGCACGUAUGCGUAUGAAUUCAAUGCAACGGUCGAGCAAAGUCGGGACCUCGAAUCUCCGCUGCCAAAGCUGCCGCCAACAACAGUUGCAUCAGUCCCUUCAGACGUCGAUGCGCUGGCGGUCGAGUUUAGCCGUGGGUCGCUGGACCCCAACCUCCCCGUCAUAUCGAGAACGGACCAACAGCACUACAUGGAACCGAUGAUGACCACGGUGGCUUCGCACGACCGGCCGCCAGGUCGGGGUGUCGCUCGAACGAGGCGGGAGUCGGAUAACACGGUGAGCACUUCGCAACGACAGCCCUCGGCGCAGUCCUCAGCUGCCACCAGCGCAAGCUCUGUGUAUGGCGCCAACGACCCCUCGGACUGCCUGUCAAACGGCGAGUUUUCGGAAAGUUCCUUGACCGAGGGCAGCUCGUUCAAGAACAUGCCAGUCCCGCUGUUCCAGUAUCACCAUCAGCAGCAUGAGUAUCCGCCCGCCGUCGCCAGUGGUGCUGCUGGCCAAGUUCCACGCUCAACCUCGUCGGAUUUCUUGGAGAGUGGCGCGAGCAUCAGACGUCACCUUUCUCCCAAUUCCGCCUUUCUUCAAAGAACGUCUCUCAUCCGCCCAAAGUCCUCUUAUUCCACCCUCUCAGAUUACAGUUCCCGAGGUCGGUCACCGAUCCUUGGGCCCGGUAACUCUCACAUGCGGGCCCCAUCGGUGCAGUCUCGAAAAUCUCCCGAUGCCAGGUCGUCUUCGUACGCCGAGCUGCUCAACCUCCCCUAUCCUCAACAAGCCCCAGCGCCACUGUCCUUGGACAACUCCAACCUCAGGACCGUGGUGGGAAACAAUGCGUCGCUUCUGAGCACCCAAAAGACGCUGGAAAUGUAUCGGCAGAACGUUAGAAAGACGACGGAUUUCUCUAUACAGUAUUCCUUUGCGGUAUUUUUAAUUUCCACAGCCCAGGAACAAGGCCUGGAUGUGUCGGAUCCGAAAGCAACCAAGAAGCAAGCACCGCAACCCUUGCGAGAUCUCGAGAGUCCUGUUGUGGAGGGAUCCGUGGCCAGCCCUUACGAGCUCGUCCGAGAGGCUCGGCAGAUUCUCCAGCGGCUGGCCAACGCUGGAUACCCUUUUGCCCAGUACUACCUCGCAGACGGCUACGCAUCUGGACUGUUCAGCAAAGGCAAAGAAGACUACAACGCCGCCUUCCCGCUGUUUGUACUCGCAGCCAAGCAUGGGCACGCCGAGUCUGCUUACCGGACCGCGCUGUGCUACGAGUUCGGAUGGGGCCCGCGUAAGGAUCCUGCGAGGGCUGUCCAAUAUCUUCGGAGUGCUGCGGCCAAGCGGCACCCAGGUGCCAUGACGCGCCUGGGCAAGGCUUGUCUUUCGGGCGACCUCGGCGAGAAGCGAUACAGGGAAGGCAUCAAGUGGAUGAAACUGGCUUCCGAGGCCGCCGACUCGCAGUACAACGCCGCCCCGUACCAGCUUGGCUGCCUGUACGAGACAGGAUAUGGCGACGACAUAUUUGCUGAUGCGAGCUAUGCGGCCGAAUUGUUUACCCAGGCGGCAGAUCUGGGCCACCCGGAGGCUAGUUACCGGAUGGGCGAUGCGUACGAACAAGGUCGAUUGAACUGCCCCCGCGACCCGGCCCUGAGUGUCCAUUUCUACACUGGUGCAGCCGAACGCGGCCACGCGGCUGCCAUGAUGGGGCUCUGCGCCUGGUACAUGGUUGGAGCGCCCCCCAUCCUGGAAAAGGACGAGGAAGAGGCGUAUGAGUGGGCGAGGCGUUCUGCCGAACUAGGGAACGUCAAGGCCCAAUAUGCCGUGGGUUACUUUACCGAAAUGGGCAUCGGUUGCAGACGCGACAUGCUCGAAGCCAACGUUUGGUACGUCAGAGCUGCCGAUGCUGGCGACGAGCGAGCCAAGCAACGCAUUGCCGCCAUCCAGGCUGCUGUCAGCGGAGAGGGGACGCCAAUGGAGGUUGGACCGCCUCGUGGCAAGAAGGGAGGCAAGGACGACAAGGAUUGUGUUGUCAUGUAA